AUGGACGAUUUUAAUAAGAAGAAGCAGCGACGAUUGAAGGCUAAUGGACGAGAACGGCAACGAAUGCAUGGUCUUAAUGAUGCAUUGGAUCUGUUGAGACAGUACGUACCAAUCACGGCACAACAUCAAAAACUCAGCAAAAUUGAAACGCUUCGACUAGCAAGAAAUUACAUCCUGGCACUUCAAAGAAUGCUCCAAACCGGUAGACAACCGACUCCACUUGAAUAUGCGCAUCAAUUAUCGAUUGGUCUUAGUCAAACUACUACAAAUAUGUUGGCAAAUUUGCUACAGGUGCAGCCUCGUCUACUUCUCACCGCUGCCCCAUCUACGUCUUGUGCGGAAAUGUCGGUUGUUCCACCGCCCACCAUAUACCCUCAAGGAAUCCCAUAUCCUGGAGACUACAGUGGAUCGGAGUCCAGUUUCGAAAGUCCCAAUAACUGCUAUCGAUAUCAACCUUAUAUGCAAUAG